AGAGUCUGGUGCAGCAGUGCUGCGACCGCCAUUGAGCAGCAUGUGUGACUGCUUGCGACAGUUAUGGCUGUUGACUCGCAAAAAUCUUAUCCUCACUCGACGUAGUAAAGCGUGGACGAUAUUCGAAUUGGUUCUACCAAUUUUGCUCACAUUACCAAUAGUAAUACUCAUAGUCAGGGGCGGUACUGUGCAGUUGUCGCCGGGAAGGUCGUUCGAUGCUGUACCCCUUGAAGGGGGCGCAGAUGAUAUCAGUCGCAGUGUUGGUUUUGUAGCUUCUAUACGAACGCGUGCUCGAGAAAACGAGGACUCUGUGGAAGCGUUGAUGAAGAAGCUAUCUAAGCGAUUCAGCAGCUCAGUUAUUGCAGUAGAUGUGGUGAAGAUGAAAAGCGAAGAUUAUAUGCUCGACCAACUUCGAGCCUGA